GCGGUUCCUGUGCCCGGCCUGCCGGCCGGCGCGCGCCACCCAGCUGGGCGUGUUGGCGACAUCUGCUGCUCUGGUCGCCCUAAGCACCCAGGUGGAAGCCGGGGCUGUUGUUAUGGGAAGGCGCCUCGUCAGGGUGUGUCUGAGUCAAGACAAAACUAACCCUCUUGGCAACGGAAGGGCGGUCCGCUCCUAGGGACCGCUGGGUGCGGGGCGCGCGGUUCCGGGGUGGGCGGAGGUUGCUGCCCAAGCCAAGCUUGACUUCGCCUCGUAGGGCGCCGAUGUCCGGGCGCGGCCUGGGAAAGGCUUUAGCCGCGGUGUCGCUGUCUGUAGCCUUGGCGUCUGUGACUGUCAAGUCCUCGGACGGCCACAGCAUCUCGGCGUGCAGAAACUUAUUUUCAUCCUGCUGGUUUCAUCUUAACUCCAACAUCAUGUCUGGUUUUAGUGGUCCCAUCAGGAAUUACCACAUCAAGGCUCGGGUAUGCCCUUACCCAGGUUCAAAAGUUAAGCGCAGCCCGGUUCCUGAUGAGAAAGUAAGCUGGCUUGCUGAGUGGAAUGACUAUAAGCCUGUUGAAUACACUGCAGACUCUGUCUUGGCUGGACCCACGUGGGCAGAUCCUCUGAUUGGUGAAAGUAACUUUUCUCCCAAGUUUAAUGACAAGGAUGGAAAUGUUGAAAGAAAGAGCCAGGCUGGCCCGUAUGAGAUUGAAGGUGGAAAACCUAAAAAUCCUGUAGGACGGACAGGACUAGCUGGCCGAGGGCUUUUGGGGCGGUGGGGCCCAAAUCAUGCUGCAGAUCCCAUCAUAACCAGGUGGAAAAGGGAUAGCUGUGGAAAUAAAAUAACCCACCCUAUUUCUGGGAAAAACAUCUUACAGUUUGUUGCUAUAGAAAGGAAAGACUGUGGAGAAUGGGCAAUCCCUGGGGGGAUGGUGGAUCCAGGAGAAAAGAUGAGUGCUACAUUGAAAAGAGAAUUUGCUGAAGAAGGCUUCAACUCUUUACAAAAAUCCUGUGCUGAAAAGAAAGAAUUAGAGGAGCAGUUGCACAAACUCUUCAGCCAGGAACAUCUAGUGAUAUAUAAGGGAUAUGUUGAUGAUCCUCGAAACACUGAUAAUGCUUGGAUAGAGACAGAAGCUGUCAACUAUCAUGACGAAACAGGUGAGAUAAUGGAUAACCUUAUCCUAGAAGCUGGAGAUGAUGCUGGAAAAGUGAAAUGGGUGGACAUUAAUGAUAAACUCAAGCUUUAUGCCAGUCACUGUCAAUUCAUCAAAAUUGUGACAGAGAAACGAGAUGCACACUGGAGUGAGGACUCUGAGGCUGCCUGCCCUGCGUUAUAACUUCCAAUCUCCAUGUACGCCAGAGGCUAACAAAGGAGCUUGUACUGAAUAAAGACAAGAGCACCAAAUUCAUACUAUGAAAGGGGCAGGGGAGUUCACUUGGGAAAUAUUUCGUUUAUGUUCCAAGCAGUUUGUUUGUAAAAGGUAUUACAUCAGAAUAAAAUGAGUAAAUAUGUGACUGGAACACAGAAUUUUCUGCUUUCCAGCCAAAACAAAUGUAAAUAAUCUUUUUUUGUAUUAUAUUUAAGCAUGGCUUUAACCAAACUUAAAUAACUCAUGUUCUAGGAGGAAUCAUAAUCUGAUCAGCCAUAACUUCUGCUGCCCAUCUAGAUCUUGUUUGUUCUUUUUCUCCACUGAUAUUAUGAAGUCUGCAGGAUGUACCUGUCACAUAAUACUCCUUUAGGAGGAGCAUUGCUAUUGUCUAAUCUGAUUUUAAAUUAUUUGCUUUGAAUUUUGCAUUAUAUGAUCUUAUUGAAGUUUAUUUCUAAAAUGAAAAGUUUAUGUAAGUAUUCUCGCCUUGAGUCAUCAGUUUUAUGAGUAAGUUUCAGUCACUGUUGUAGUCAGUAAAGAUCAGUAUCAAUGUACAAGAGCCUAUAUUCUUUUUUUUUUUUUUUUUUAAGAUUUAUUUUAGUUUUAUACAAGAGCUGGGGUAACACAGGCCAGCGGCGCGGGAGGGUGAGAGGAUUCACCAGAGACAAAGCAGAGAGCGGAACAGGCAAAUGACAGAAUACUGCUGAGGGGAGCAGUGGGCAAGACAGGAGAGGUCUGCCGUGCCUUGUGGAACCCUCGCUAGCCUGUCGGGAUCGAACCCGCACUGCGGAGGUUACAGACAGCCUCACAGUGUGGCAUUCAACCCACUGCGCCACUGGGGAGGCCCCCUAUAUAUAUUCUUUUUAUCAAAAAUUUUGAAUUUAAAAUGUGUCCAGAUUAUUAGUAAGUUGUUAUUUUUAUUUCAUUCUACUAUAACUCAUUGUCAUAAAUAAUUAAAAAUAGGUAUUUAGAGAAGAAUUGAAAUCAGGUGGUGACAGAGGGAGGUCUUUGAGAAUUUUUGUUAGGAAGGGAAUAUUAAGAAUUAGAAUUGGUUUCUGAAAACCAGUGUUAAAUUUUAAAUCCCAGAGGAAAGUUUAUUGGUGUAUAAGGUGGUCUUAGAGACAGUGGAGGGGAGGACACAGAUCUUGUCCACAGAUCAGUGGACACAGAUCUUGUUCUACCUAAGAUACCAUUGGGAAAUUUCAUGAUAGCCAGUCCUGUCAACCUUAGGUAGGCGCUAUCACAGCUCCAUCUUCAUUCCCCUUGGACUGCAGAUGAGACAUCUGAAGGUAAAGAGGUAUUGGGGAUCGAGACAUGGGUGUUCUUAGUUUUGAAAUUAAAAAAAAUUUUAGAUACUUGGAAAAGGUUAUUAGGCUUACACUAUACCUAAGGGACAGAAGAAAGGCUUUUUCCUCCCAUUAGUGUGAAUAUGAGUUUUGCUGAGAAACAUUAGAAUGAUUUAAGGAUGAUGCCUCAAGCCCCUCUGAAAGAGUUAUAAGGUUUAUAUAUACAAGCUUUAUUUUCUAAAAUUCAUAAAAUCCUGGUUUUAGGGAAUAUGGUAAGGGACGUGUGCUUAACAAGGAAGACAUGUCGUUAGAUGAGAAAUAGGAUGACCUUCCAACAUGAGUCUGAUUCUGCUUUACUCUUUGGCAGGAAGAAAUUGUUUCUUCCUGGCACAGAAUGGAUUUCUCUAAAAUUGAAACUGCUUAUAGAAGCUCUUGAGAAAUUUUGAGCAAUUCCCUGAAGAAUGACAUUUACUUAACAUUCUUGAUAUAUUUAAACUGACAUUAAGAAAAAUAAGUUUAUAUUAAGAUUUAUUCAAAGUAUGGAUGUAGCACAUGUUCUACAGAUAAAUUCUUUAACACAAUUAGGGUUGUCACUGGAAUAUUUACAAAGAAGACAGAAUGAUAAAACUCGUAAACUGUAGAUAGAAAUAAUCUCAGGGCUGUAGGAAUCCAGCACCAUCUAUAAUGAAGAAAAAUCAGAUUAAAAUUUUAGCUUAAGAUAUUUCUUGGGGAAUAUCUACUCAUAUUACUUAGUAAUGUUGCCUUCAUAAUUUGCUUUUCUUAUAUUUUAGAUAUAAGAAAUACUUUGUUUUUAAGAGAUAUUUAGUAAAAUAAAUAAUAGUAAUAGUUACCAUUACUUUUUAUAUCACCUAAUCCUCACAGCUAAUCCUCAUGUUAGGUAGUAGUAUUUCUAUUUCAAGGUGAAAUUGUUACUUAGAAUAAGUUGUCCCAAGAUUAAUUCAGUCAGGGACAAAGCUGGGAUUUGAAUCCUAGUUUGCAUGGUUCUAAAACCUGUUUUCUGUCUUUUGUCUACUAAGGUUAUGAAUCUCUUAUGAUUUGUUAUUUUAAGUAUACAGUUUGGAAGAUUAUAUAUUCCUUAAGCAUUACUUAUGCUAUCAUUAUUAAUAGUUAUGUCAUUUAAGACUUGAGAUGUAAGGGCCACAUCUGAUUUGACUUGUAUUGUUGAAAUUGCUUGAAUAUUUUUGGUCCAAAGACAAUUUACUUGAUCAUAUCUUGACUUGAGGACAAGUGGCCACAAUCAGUAAUUAUCUUACCAGCAGGUAUUCUUGAAUUUUUGAAAACAUUUCAAACUCAAAUAGGAACAUAAACUAAACUUACAUAAGAUGAUAACUAUCUAAAAAGCUAAGAAUUCAGGCAGUAACUAAAGAUGGCACUUGAAAACCUCAACCACUUUACAGGUUAAAUGCUACUCUUUCUUAUGGUAUCAGGAUUUCUGGCAGUUAGUAUUGUUUUCAAAAAUAUUGGUUAAAUUUUGGUAAAUAAACUGAUUUAAAAAUAAAUUCUCUGUAGAAAAUGUUUCUAAUUAAUUUGAUCAUCAAUAACACUUUCAUCAUUUUAUUAAAAUUACCAAUAUGGAUACAGUCUGAAACUCAUACUCUGAAGGCAAAAAUAUUUAAAGAUGUGUAAUAAUGCUUGAAAGAUUUCUGGAGAUUUUACUAACCUCAUAUAGCUUCUGACAGUGAGAGAAUUAGUUCUGUCAAAAUAAACAUACAGAUUAUAGUUACUAUACAAAGGUAUUUUUGCUAUAAUUUCUUUUUUGACUUCCCCUACAUUUUUCGACUUUACCCACAUCCCCUGUUUUAUUUCAUUAGUAAUGGGUUAGAUUUGGUAUAAUCGUGUUUUAGAAGGUAAAACUUUUUUCUGCAACUUUUUUCUGCAACAUAGAUUUAAAUUUUUCCCAUUUGAUCUGAUUUCAAGUAUUUGAAAUGAUAAAAGAGAUACUAAAUAAGCACUUCAGAACAAAGAAAUUACUAUUCAGAAGCAAAACUUAACGAAAUUCAGUAUCUCAAAAUUUGGAUUGAGGAUAUUAUGAUUUAUCAACUUUUCUCAAGGUAGAUUCAAAUAAAUACAAACUAUAUAAUUUUAAUUGGCAUUCAUUCAGAUAUUUUAAAAAGGAGUAUACCUUUUGGGUCUCUAUUAUGGGUAUAAUUUUAAGUGAAAUCAGUUUUGGGUGAGAAUCAAAAUAGAAAAUCAAGUUUUGUAACUUUUCUAUCCAAGCUGCUGGCUUGUAUGUUAAGGAGAUGUGCACCUUUGAGAUGAAGCCAUUUCUAGGUUUGGUAGUUUCACAGCAUGCUUACAUCGCUGUUUACUCUGAAUUGUUUGUAAGACAGAAAUAAACUAGAGGUAAAAUUUACUGUUUGAAAUUUCUUAAUCCCUUAUUACAUGUAUUUAUAUAAAUGGAAGUUAUAUUAAAUACCAUGAACAUUAGGAAAGAAUACCUUUUUAGAGCUACAGAAAUUCUGAUGUAAAUAACGUGAAAGAAAUUGAGUUUAUGGCUCAUGAGCUCUAAUUUUUGUAGGUUAGUUGAAUUUGAUUCUGUCAUAUGUUUUUAUAAUUUAGAAGAAACAUUCUUACCUUUCCUGAGGUUAAAUGUCACUUGCUUUUAUUAAUAUAAUCAUAGAAAUAAAGUCUUACCCCAAAUAAGUCCUAAAAACAAACAAAGAGAUUAUCUUAAGUACAUAAAACAGAUGUGUAGUUUAUGAUAGCUUAAAAAUAAAUAUGGACUUACCCCUAGUUGGUUCAAAAUAAAAGUGAUUAACUGGGAAAGAAGAAAAAAUAUCAAUUAUUAGUGCUAUCAAUGUGUUACUUCUUACUUUUAAGGUAGUAAUAAAAAUAUGCAUGAAAAUCUUUGUUUUUAUUGAAAAGUUAAUUCCAUUUUACUGCUUGGUGUUUUAUUUAUGUGAUUCAAGAUUUUAAAAUGAAUACAUAAUAUCUAGAUUUAAAUCCCUUAAUUCACAGAAAUAUUUUCCUAUAACUAUUCAGUUUAUCCAAAAGAUAGGAAAUUGAUGUGAAUGGUUAAGAAACUCACUGUAUACUUCCUUAGAAGUGCUCUCUUUAUUAAAUGAUACAAAUUCCAUUGUGAAUGAUACUUGAACCAAAAUUUUAGUGCUACUAUGAAUACUUUACUUGGAGGGUUUGCUUACACUGCAGUUUCUUGGUCCUUCUGAUUUAAGAGACUGGAAGCUUGCCCAAGAAAUUGACCCCUCUAUCAAGAAGGCCAACCAUUUAUUUGCAGAGUUGUCCAUUCCAGAGUAUAUUUAAGACCAUGUAAGCAAAACCCCGUCCCAUAGGCAGUUCUUAGGCAAGAAAAAUGCCCUGAUGUCAUGUUUAUUCUCUUAGGAUCCCUUUUCCUGCUCCUUUACCAUAAUCACUAAGAGAAAAAAAAAAACAUCAUCAUGUAGAUAAGACAGUUUUAUAAAUUAUUAUGUCAGUUUCUUGUCCAAGAUGGAUAUGGGCAAUAACACUUUGAAAAGUUCAGAAAAAUAAAGUACGGGCCUCCCUGGUGGCCUAGGGAUUAAGUCUCAGUGCUGUCACUGCUGGGCCUGAUACUGAUCCCCAGUCGGGGACCUAAGCCACACAUGGCACAGCAGACCCCUCCUGUCUCCUCUGCUGUUCCCCUCAGCAGUGUAUUUCAGUAAUUCCUCCUGUUCUGCUCCCCACUCUGUCUCUGGUGAACUCUCUUACCUCCAUGCCUCUGGCCUGUACCCCAAUUUUUCUCAAAAAAAGAAAAAGUACAAAUAGGUAUAAAUUAAAUAGGUAUGAAAUUAAAUGUUCAGAUCUGGUAAUUUGAAUGAAUCACAUGGAUCUAUGGAGUCACUUGGAGAUGACUUGGAGAUUAAUUUAGAGGGAAGUUCAUACAUUUUACCCAACUUCAUGUGGUUAUUUUAAUUGUAAAGAGAUUAGAAUCUAGGCUUUCCAGACAUAGGCCAACACUCUUGACCAUAUGUUGGUUCAAAGAUGAACUUUCUAAUUUUGUGAUCAUCAGUAGUUAAUCAUUGAAGGUAGUUUCCUAAAACAAUUUUAGUUGGCGGUAUGCUGGAAAUUUUAAGUCUUGCCAUUUGGAAAUGAACUAGAAUACCACUUGAAUAGAGUGGAUUGUGGGGAGAGCACUAGCUAUUUCAACAUAAAAGAUUUAGGUACUUAGUUUUGUUCAGAGGCUAUCCUUAAUUUUAAAUAGACCUUAUUGAAGAAUCUUGAAAAAUUUUGUCUCAGGCACGCAAAUUUUGUAACUGACAUUUUUAGGAAAUACUGUAUGUCCCCAAUUCCAAAAUACUACCAUUAAAAUAGACCAUUUGGGUUAAGCAUUUUUUAAAAAUAUUUAUUUAUGUGUACAAGAGCUGGGGUGUAGGCCAGAGGUACGGGGUGGUGAGAGGAUUCACCAGAGACAGAGUGGGGAGCAGAACAGGCAGAUGUACUGAAAUACACUGUGGAGGGGAGCAGCAGGCAAGACAAGAGAGGUCUGCUGUGCCAUGUGGGCCAGCUGCUUGGCCAGGGAUGUGCUGCAGUGGCUGCCGAAAGCUUCAUAGUGCUGAGACUUAACCCCUUGAGCCAUCAGGAAGCUCCCUAGGUUAAGCAUUGUAAAGAUAAAUGAAAUUCUCGAUUAAAUGUAUCUUUUGUGAGAUGUGCCUUUGAUUUCAGAAAAGUUAUGAGAAAUGUGUUUUUAAAGAAAUGGAAUUUCUUUAAUUUCUUUUUUUAGUGUUAUCCUUUGUAACUCCAAGUACAUUUCAGUGUUUUCAUAAACAGAUUCUAACAUCAAUAAAGGGCUUCAUUAAAAUGUUGAAUUAUGUGCAUUUUGGUAAAAAAAAUUUGUUGGGAUUUAGAUCUGAUUGUCUUUAUUGUAUUAGGCGUUUAUGUUAAUGCUUCAUUAGUGAAGGAAUAACCAAACCUAUUUCAUCUCAUAAAGGAAAUUAUUCUGUAACCUUAAGUCUUCUGACUUGUUACUUUUACCCUCAUCAAUGAUAGAAGUUGUUUUGUUGAUUUAUAAUUUGGAUGAAUUGAGUAAAUAAGUGCUGAACUGUUCACAUGAUUAUUUUUGGCUUUGAAUUUAACUGUGCUUUCUUUCUAAAUUUAUUGGACUAAAAAAGCCAGUAAUUUUCAUAUGAUCUGGCUCUUAUAUAGGUUGUUGCAUAUAAUAUUUUUUAUAAACUUUGUAGAUUUUAACAAUCUCCAAUGUACUUACCGCUAUGAGAUCAUUAAUUGUCAGGACCUAGAACAAAAAGAAACACAAUCAAGGAAUUGUAAUUCAACAUUUUAUCUCUUUUCAUGUUGCAUACUUUAGAUUAGCUUGGUUAAUAAAAACAUGCUUUUCAGAAUUCCUAGUGUUUCUAAAAUUAUGUCAUUAAGAUCCAUUAUUAACUAAUACUUUAAGUACCCCACUUCCCCCAUGUACUCCUCACCCCACCCUUUUCAACCUUGACUAUCUCCAGAAACAAUCCACAUUUUCUUAUGUGAGCUCCAAAUGUUUCUUGGAAAGAUCAUUAAAUGUAUACUUACUAGCU